AACCCGAAGUGGAUGAUGCUGUUACUGCUGAACCACUGACUAGAGUCUGAAAGAUCUUCCUCUGCCUGUUGGCCAUCAGUUGAGAUAAGAUGGAAGACUCUUACAAGGAUAGGACUUCACUGGUGAAAGGUGCCAAGGACAUUGCCAAAGAGGUGAAGAAACAAACCGUGAAAAAAGUGAACCAAGCAGUGGACCGGGCCCAGGAUGAAUACACCCAGAGGUCCUACACUCGGUUCCAGGAUGAAGAAGAUGAUGAUGAUGACUACUACCCACCGGGAGAAACCUACGAUGGGAAGGUCAACGAUGAUGAAGGCUCAAGCGAAGCAACUGAGGGCCAUGAUGAAGAUGAUGAGAUCUAUGAAGGGGAAUAUCAGGGCAUCCCCAGCAUGAACCAAGGCAAAGACAGCAUCGUUUCUGUGGGGCAGCCCAAAGGUGAUGAGUUCAAAGACCGGCAGGAUCUGGAGUCUGAGAGGAAGGCCGAUGAAGAAGAGCUAGCCCAGCAGUAUGAACUGAUAAUCCAAGAGUGUGGUCAUGGCCGUUUUCAGUGGGCCCUUUUCUUUGUCCUGGGUAUGGCCCUGAUGGCUGAUGGUGUGGAGGUGUUUGUCGUAGGCUUCGUGCUGCCCAGUGCCGAGACAGACUUGUGCAUUCCCAACUCAGGAUCGGGAUGGCUAGGCAGCAUUGUAUACCUCGGAAUGAUGGUGGGGGCGUUCUUCUGGGGAGGACUGGCAGACAAAGUGGGCAGGAAGCAGUCACUUCUGAUCUGCAUGUCUGUCAACGGAUUCUUUGCCUUCCUCUCGUCAUUUGUCCAAGGUUAUGGCUUCUUCCUCUUCUGUCGCUUACUUUCUGGAUUCGGGAUCGGAGGAGCCAUUCCCACAGUGUUCUCCUACUUCGCUGAAGUGCUGGCCCGGGAGAAGCGAGGGGAGCACCUGAGCUGGCUCUGCAUGUUCUGGAUGAUCGGUGGCAUCUACGCAUCGGCAAUGGCCUGGGCCAUCAUCCCUCACUAUGGUAAGAGACUGGCCCGGCCGCGGUCGCUGUGUUUUACCCAUUCCC